UGCACGCGCGAGCUCUCCUCCUCCUCCUCCUCCUGUGAGCGCGCGCCUAGCCUAGCACCAUUACACACACACACACACACACACACACAAACACACACACACAGUGUGAGGGUUCCGCGCGCGCGCUGCGGGGAUGCGUGCUGCUGCCCGCCGAUCCUAAAAAAGGGAAAUGAGCGUGGAUCGCGGAGGGCUCGUGAAGCAGCAGCAGCAGCCCGCGGCGGACGCGCUGCGGCGCGCGCUCGACUUCAAGACGCAGGGCACGCAGUGCUACAGGGACAAGAAGUACCGCGAGGCCAUCGGCAAGUACCACCGCGCGCUGCUCGAGAUGAAGGGCCUGUGUCGCGCGCUCGGGGACCCGGACGUAGGCGCGAGGAGCGCGUGCGCCGCGCCGCCACCGCCGCCGCCGCCGCCGGGGAAGUGCAGCCUGACGGAGGAGCAGAAGGGCGCGGUGGAGAGCGCGGAGCUCGAGUGCUACAACAGCCUGGCAGCCUGUCUGUUACAGAUGGAGCUGGUGAACUAUGAGCGGGUUAAAGAGUACUGUCUGAAAGUCCUGAGGAAAGAGGGGGAGAACUUCAAAGCACUGUAUCGCUCAGGUGUGGCGUAUUAUCACCUGGGAGAUUACCACAAGGCCCUGCACUACCUACAGGAGUCGCACAAACAGCAGCCCUCAGACACCAACGUGAUCCGCUACAUCCAGCUAACGGAGAUGAAGAUCCGUCGACUGGCGCAGCGGGAGAAGAAGGAGUCGUCGUAGUCUUUUUCCUGCUGCUCACUGCCUGAUGUUCCUGCUCAUGUCUGGUCAGAGAGUGAUCUGAUUCGCCUCAGAACUGUCUGUUGCAGCAGUGGUCACCAACCUUCUUCUAGGCAGUUUUUGGGGAGGGGUGGAUCAAUACUGAAGUAUUGAUGCAUCCAAACCUGAUGCUUUCUUCUGAAAACUGAUUCUUACAUGUAAAAAAUCACCACCAAGUCUUUGUUAUUAAACACAACGUAUAUUUAAUGCUAAAACAGUAGGAAAUAAAUAAUUAUAUAAAUACAAGUUAUUCAUUUUUCAGGAGAUAUUUGUGAGGAGCUCAGAUGUAAGAUAACCUACAUGCACAAGGAAGGAGCAAGUAAGUAAAAAGAAAGGAGUUUCCAAAACUAGAGUUCAAAAAGUAGUAAUUAACAGAAGCUCCAGAGAAAAUUAGGUUCCUAACAACCACCUGGAAGAGCUGGUCAACCCUAAAACUGUCCCCAACAGAUAAACAGCACUG